AAAACGAGCCAACCACGGCCAUGGCUGGUUCUUAAAAUCUCGGGAAAGGUGUUAAGGACGUGGAAAGAUCCUUUCGGUUCUAGCCAGCCAGCCGGCCAGCCGGCCAGCCAGCCAAGCAGCGCAGAUCCCUCAAGUCCUGUGACAAACCCUGUCUCUCCCCUGUUUCUUUUUGCAUUCACAUAUUAACCCAGUAAUUGUUAUCAUAGAGAAAAGACAAUGUCACUAAUAUUUUUUUUCUUUUACACUGCCAGCAAUCAAACACUGUAUUUUGCAGUCUGUAAGACAAAAACAAAUCCAAAUUUUACUUACUUUUAUCUCUUUCUCUGUUAAAACACGUCGACAAUGGAGAGAGAUAUGAGGAGACACCAGAUCCUGUCCUAUAUAACUUAAAAGUACUGCCUUAAGAACACCUAUAAUAUGCUGGUUUUGCUGUUUUAUUGUAAAUCUUAGGAGUAUUGUUUUAUAAUAAUUUCUUUAUCAUCAUCUUGCCUCGAUAUUGUAAACCUCAAGAUUUGAAUCGGGAACUCUCCUCAUUCCUUCCUUUCUUUCUCUAUAUUUCUUUAUGUUUUGUUCUUCCCUGGCUAACUAUAUUUGUAUGCCGACUUGUUCUGCUUCAAAAUCUUCUCUUUUGCUUUUGCACUACAUUUUUCUGGUUAAAAGUUGAAACUCCUUCAAAUCUUUCAUGGUGCUGAAAUCCAUAGCUUGUUGAGAUUGUUCUUUUUUAUUGUUUUUUUAAAUUUCUUUUGAUGAUGGGUCAAAAGCAUUUGCACGAGUUACUUCAAGAGGAUCAAGAGCCAUUUCUUCUGAAGAAGUACAUUGCUGACAGGCGUUGUCAAUGGAAGAAACCAUCACCUAAAACUCUUCUUCAAAUCAAGAAACGAAAACCCAUCUCUCAAAACUCAAACUUUCCUUCAAAUUUCUGCAAAAACGCUUGCUUUUUCUCGUUCCAUGACUCACCCGACCCGAGAAAGUCUCCAUUGUUUGAAUUUCCAUCCCCAGCUAAAAGCCCUUGUAAAAGCCCCAAUGCCAUAUUUCUUCACAUCCCAGCAAGAACAGCAGCUCUUCUUCUUGAAGCUGCUCUCAGAAUUCAAAAACAUUCUUCAUCAAAAACCAAACCGCAGAACAAAAACAAUGGCAGUACUUUUGGCUUAUUUGGUUCCAUUCUAAAGAGGCUAACUCACCGUAACAGAAACCGAAAGCAUGAAAUAGCUAAUGUUGGAGCUAAAGUUUCAAUCAAGGACAUUUUAAGGUGGGAUUCAACUGUGGGCAAAAACAAUCUAAGUCAAAGGAAAAUAUCUUCGGCAGUGGAAGAGAAAAGUGGUUCUGUAAUGGGGUUUUCUUGUUCUUACGCUGGUAGGCCAAGCAGUGCUCAUUGGUCAGAAAGCAACGAAGAAAAAUCCUUGGAUAUGGAUUUGGAUACUUCCAGUAGCUAUAGCCAGUCCGAGGAUUUUGAAGAGAUUUUCAUGGCCAAAGAUGUUUUACAUGAUAGCCGAGCUUUUGCUUCUUGUGAUAAGCAAUUUUGUGAAAGCCCUUUUCACUUUGUCCUUCAAAGAAGCCCUUCUUUUGGUCACCGGACACCUCUCUUCUCUUCCCCGGCUACAUCCCCAAGUCGCCACCAUAAAGAGGACAAAGAAAAUUAUGCAGUAGAGAGCUUAAAAAAAUUUCAAGUAGAAGAAGAGGAAGAAGAGAAAGAACAAUGCAGUCCUGUUUCUGUUUUGGAUCCUCCAUUCGAGGAUGAUGACGGUGGACGUGUGGAUGAUGAUGAUGAGAACAAUUUCGAUCUUGAAUGCAGCUAUGCAAUAGUACAAAAAGCAAAGCAGCAGCUACUGCACAAACUUGGUAGAUUUGAGAAACUGGCUCAACUGGAUCCAAUUGAACUUGAGAAAAGAAUGUUAGAACAAGAACAAGAUGAUGAUAAUGAUGACAAUAGUAUAUGUGACCUAGAGGAAGAAGAGGAGUUCGAGCACGAGUCAGCUUCAUCAGAUAGUGAAAUGAAUGUCAACGGCUUUCUCAAACGAGUGCUUAAAUCAAGUUUCCACAAUCUAAGACAUACACCAGAAGGCAUGAAGAGGCUAGUAUCAGAUCUCAUUGCUGAGGAAAAGACACAGCAGAACUGCUACAUUGAUAGAGAAGUGGUGGCCAAAAGGGUUUGUAAAAGGCUGGAGUCAUGGAAGGAGGUGGAAUCAAACACCAUUGACAUGAUGGUGGAACAAGAUUUCAGAAGAGAGCUAGUUGGUUGGAAGAGAAAUCAAGAGCAGAUCGGAGAGACAGCAUUAGAAAUUGAAUAUGCCAUCUUUGGAUUACUGAUAGAAGAAUUGUCAGAAGAACUAGUUUGUUUAACCGGGGUUUGAUGGGGAAAAAUUUUGAAAAAACUAAGUUGUCAAAAAUGAAUUGUAUUUGGUUUCACUUUCUUUCAUUUUUUUUUCCUCUCAAAAUCAUAUAUUAAUUAGAGGAGUACAGUCUGACUUGCUUUGAAAUGAUAGGCUAAGUAGAAAGAUGUAUGGAGGUGAAAGCAAGAAGGAUGUCAAAUAGCAGGUACUAUGUAUAUGCAAUCAUCUAUUUACUGGGUGUAAUGGUGUAAUAUGGAUCCUGUUUUUAAUGAGAUAUGAACAAUUCCUAGCUCUAUAUAUUUAAUAACAUAUUUUUCUA